AUGCUGAUGAGCCUAUUUGCUAGCCGUAGCUGCAACAGCACACCACGCACCACAGGCGCUCCUUCUCAAGGGGUAGCUCCUAGCGAUCUUGUUGCAAGGAGACGCACGGAUGAGAAGCAAGACGUGGCCAGCCUUCUAGAUGCAGCUUUGGCAGGAGCUACACAACAACCCGACGAAACCAAGUUGAAACGUCUUGGUGAAGGCCUGGAAACGCUGCUGUCUGGCCUGCAAGAUCAUCAGAAAGAAGAGAGCGUCAAUUACCUCAUGCACUGGCUGCAGCAAGUGACUGAGGCUGGGGAAGGCACCAGUGAGUUACUUCACAAGGAGGAGACGCCUGCAGAGGAGAGGAAUGCAGCUACAACACCUGCUACUUCUGAUACAAGAACCGCCAUGGUCACUGGAUUCAUGGGGAAUGUAGGCGCUGAUACCAUUCCUGGAACCAGUGCCUAUGCUGAUAUACCUGGUCCAAGCAGCAGCAGAAGGACUUCCGAGAUUUCUGGCAUGGGAUUGCUGUCAGGAGGAGGGAUUACCUGGGACGAGACGGAGGAGGGCAGUACGCUCUUGCACUUGGUGGGAGAGGCGGAUGAUGUGCGUGAUGGUGUUUUUAGCAUGGAGUCUGGAGGAAGUCUGGAUGCUGCUGCUGGAGUGUCGGACGGGUUGGAGAAUUGGGAUGGUAAGGCGAAUGGGGAUGGUGGACCGACAGUGCACCUGUUGUCUAGCGGAGUAGUUUCUGAAGCAGCUGGAGCUGCAGCCAGCACAGUACAGUCUGGUGGUAGUGCAUUAGGAGCUGAAGGCAUGGAUUUUGAACUGAUUCAAUCAGGCGGGCAGAAUAAAGUGGUUGCAGAGGAAGCCACCCCUCGCCUCUCAGCUGUCCUGCAGGUCCUCCAGUCUGCCCGCCAGAAGAUCCGAGCAGUCACUGUCACUGUUCCACCACAGCUGCAGCCAUCAGCAACUAACGGGAUGCUCCUGGACUUCCAGGAGACUGCCAAAUCGUCCUCACUGCCAAUGCCACGCAAGUCCCCGUUGGGGAUUUCCUCCCACAUAGAUCAUCCGCCAAGCCCUUCCACUGCAGAACCUCAAAACCCACUUACUGGUUCCUCUGUGCAUCCUCUGGUGGCAGUUGCGAGAGGGGGAAGCUCUGAGCCUGGCCGACAUUCGUCUUCCUCUCAUACAGCUUCAAAGCUGCGGCAGCCAGUGACCACCGCACAGAGUCGUAAUUCUUCUUCUAAAAAGGCGUCAGGCUCUGGAUCAACACAACGGAGAGGUGAUUUGCAGACUGCAGGUGGUCCUGGUCUUGAAGCUGGCACCAAGACAGUCACCUCUGUUUCUGCAUUGAGGGAUGUGGUUCGAGCACGGCGGGAGAAGCACGCUGGCUCUAGCAGUGGUCGGAAGUCAAGUGCGGGAGACAGCAAGGAAGCAUCAGGUGCUGAUGCUGCUGCCAAUGCUGGAGCAAGUGCUGCCAUGGGUGCUGCUACAUCCCUGGAUGUAGCAUACUACGAGGACAAAGGCUUCCAAUCCGGUUCUGGUUCUGAGAGAAGCCGAAGCACCAAGUCACGGAGAGCUGGGGUUGGGAGUCGUUCUUCUAGAAGUGGGGAGAAGCAAGCAGGGAAAGUCAAAGUGAGGUCUGACUCGGUUGCUAUGAAUCAACAGGAUGUCUCAACAGCGGACGAGGCAGAUGAGAGCAUUGUCCCUCUGAGGCGAUCCAAGCAUUCAUCACCAGGGGUUCUGAAGCAGGGACGUGGUGGAGAGUCGUGGCAGUCAAGACAGUCAAGCCCAUUGAAGCAUGCUGGAAGUUCUAAGUGA